GCAAGUUUAUCGAGAAUUUGGAGACAAUGAGUUCCUUUCGGGUGAUGGUUUUGGCCGUCUACUAACCGAAAAUCUUUGCGAAUUUCCUUUGACUAGCUCCAUUUGCGAAGAGAUUCUAUACUUAGUAAGCGGUCCUGAUAGCAAUCAGCUAAUCCCGGCAAGACUAGGUGUCUACGUAGCAAACCUAUUAGCUGGAACAUCUGCGAGAAAUAUAGCUCAUUAUUCACAAAUGGUCCACAGCCAGCUAACGGCUUCAUUCGACCGCGGACUUCAGGAGAAUCUACGAUGGUAUGGACAGAGUUCACCACCUGUCUAUAAUAUAAAUAAUGUUUAUUGUGAUACCUACCUUUACUACUCUGACUAUGAUUGGACGGCAACGGCUCGCGAUGUUGAACAAUUUCUCAUACCAUCACUUCCUUGGACUUCUGUUAAAUCGACCAGAAACUUACAAAAAUUCAACCAUAUGGAUUUCUUAUGGGGUACCCGUGCACGAGAGGAGAUCUAUGAUCCAAUUGCAAACAUCAUAAACGCUGAUUUGAUAGCAUCGGAUCAAAUAUAUCUGAAACACUGA